AUGUUCUCUUUCCUGAUCGGAACGGUCGCCCGCCUCGCCACGCCCCUCAUAUACAAGGUUGUCGCCCCCAUCCUCCGCCCGACCAUCUCGCACGCCGUCGGCUACUUCCAGCCCAUCGAAGCCGGCUUUGACUACGACCAUGGCGACAACCCCUUGGUCGUUGGUAUCGACAAGGUGAUUGACAAUGUCGACAUUGUCCGGAAGCAGAUCAAAGCCGUCUGCAAGGCGCCCAUUGUCGUUACUUCUCGCGUCGUCGACAAGGCCGUCGUGGUGGUGGUAAAAAAGCUGAGGAGCGUUCGCGAAGAGCCUGUGGCUGCUGCAAGCCAGAUUGUGAAGGGUGUCGCUGGGAUUGUUGAGCACUUUGUGCGUUCUUUCUUGUUGAGAAGAACCAACGACUCCGAAAUCCGCCCGUGGAUUAAGCCCAAGCAACCCAGAUCAGGAAGAAAACGGUACUCGAUCGACCAAACCCGCACGUCCUCCUUCGUCAAGUGCAUUUCCUCCGCAUACCCAACCCCUCCUCCCUCAUGCAGCGACGGCGACGAUUCGCCUGCUCGCAGGGACAAGACCUCUCCCGUCUUUGACGCCACAAGCCAGGAAGCGGACACCACAACGGUUGUGAACUUUCAUCCCAGGGCUUACUCUCCCGACGUCGACACCCCUCCGCGCUCAGAGAGCACCGUCUCUUCUCUGGACCUCGGCGAGUCAAUCGACUCUCUUACCAGUCUGACCUCCGUCACUUCCGUGGAGACCCAUCUCCCCUCCGAGAUUUCGUUUCCGUCCUCUCGCUGCUCCUCAGAUCUCUCCGAGAUUCGCCUUCCGCUCUAUUCUCCCUCCCACGAAGGUGUCGGCUCCAAAAAGGCCACUAGCGAAGCUGAGAAAUUCUCCGACGACAAAGAGGAUACCGUCAAUAGAGCCAGAGCCAUCAUCGCUUUUCGACUGGAUCAUGAAGAGACGGACCGCCUUGACAGCUCACUGGAGCAAGGUUCGAAAGUCGACGGAGAUGCUCAGGUGGGAAGCGAGAAGCGUGAAGUCGAGGGUUGGAAGGAAGAGCCGUCCGAGAUUGAGGCACAGGGAGAGUUGGUUAGUGAAGCUGACGUUGCAGGCGAUAGCGAGACGGCCAUUGAAUUGCAGAACUCGGAAGACCCGGUUUUGACGCUGACUGAGCCCAAUCGUAGCCAAUUUCAAGAGCUCAACCCGGCUUCCAACCUCCAAGCCAUCAGCAACGCGGCUCUGGAGCCAGCCAACACACAAAGCCCCGUGGCCGUCAAUACGUCCAUGCCUCCCGAGCAGCCCCAAGAACUUGCGGCGAGCUCCAUCGACGACGACACCGAGACCAUCUAUCCAGACGAUGAUGACCUCGAGCCCUACGUCUUCAACUGGGAAGACCACGUCUUCAUCGACGCCACGGGCCAUCUCGACACCUACCAACGUGUCCACGACGCCAACUUCAAUCCCAGCCGCCAAUACCUCCAGCACUGCCACUGGGUGGGUCUUUUCGAAGCCUACAAGCCCAAGCAGAUCAUCACGCACUACCUGGGCCCUGUCGACGCCUCUAGCCAGCACCAACCGAUCCUUCCCGUGCCCGAGCUGACCGUCACGACCCCCGAGGGCUACACGCUCUGGCUUGAUGACCCGCUGCCUUGGAACCGGCUGUGCAUGAACCGGCGGUGGCUCCGUCUGAACUUUAUCGAUGACUAUGGGUAUCUGGAUACGUGGAAGAGGGUGACGGAUGAGGAAAAGAGGGAGCAGGUGAUGAGGGGUUACCGGAGGUUGCAGAGGGAUAAUUGGGUGUUGUCAAAGUUUGCGCCGCUGGAGAAGAGGCUGGAGGGCCUGCCGGAGAUAGUGGUCACGGUGCCGGAGGGAGGGACGUUUUAUUUGAAUGAGCCGAGGAGUUGGGCGGACUUGGAUGAUGAUGAUGAUGAUUGGUAG